AUGGGGCUCUUCGCAUGGGGCUGCCUGGCCAUAGGCCUCCAACUGGAGCUAGGUGAGGGGCAUGACAAUGGUCUGGGAUCCACCCCGCAGAUGGGCUACAACACCUGGAACGACUUCGAAUGCCACGGCGUCUCGGCCGAGAACAUUCGAAAGGUAGCUGACAAGAUGGUGACAUUGGGACUGCCUGCUUUGGGCUAUGAAUAUUUGAUUAUAGAUGAUUGCUGGGCUAAGAAGCGCGGAGAAGAUGGCGUUUUGGUGCCUGAUCCCGAUGCAUUCCCACAGGGUAUGAAGCCCGUGGCUGACUACGUUCAUGAGAGCGGCUUGAAGUUUGGCAUCUACACCGACCGAGGCACGUGGACUUGUGCCGGUCGCCCGGGGACUUGGGGUUAUGAGGUUACCGAUGCCCAGACCUUUGCUUCUUGGGACGUAGAUUAUGUGAAGACAGACUCCUGCAAUGGUCCCGACUCUUUGGAUGAUCGUCCUUCAUCCGCAGCCAUCGCGCAAUACAAGCUCUUUCGGGAUGCCUUGAAUGCGACAGGUCGUCCAAUCUUUUUGGCCUUGUCUGGGUGGCACAACUGGUAUAGCCCUUUCGGCAAGGGCCUUGCCAACUCCUGGAGGAUUGGUUAUGAUGUCCGAAACUGGCGGAGUGCCUGGAACUAUGCGAUCCGUGUGAAUGCAUUUCUUCAUGAUUAUGCAGGUCCUGGCGGAUGGAAUGAUCCUGAUAUGUUGGUUGGAUCUUCUGACACUGCAGUUCGAAUGACCCCUGAACAGUCACGCACGCAGUUUUCUUUGUGGUCAGUCAUGACAGCCCCUUUGUUGCUUGGAUCGAUGUUGUCAAUGACGGAUCACGAUCUCGAGACUUACACCAAUCGCGAAGUGAUUGCAGUUGACCAGGAUCCUCUGGGAAUUCAAGGUCAAAUUGUUUGGGAGAACUGCCCCUUGCGCAAUCGUACCAAUAUUCGUCAAAAGCAAUACUAUGAUGAGAUCCCAGCUUGUCAGCAAGUUUGGGCCAAGCCGAUCCAAGAUGGAUUCGCCGUGGUCCUUCUGAAUUUGGAGAAUAAUUCUGCCCGGGUGAACUUCAGCAUCUCAGAUGUUUGUUGGUCCAGCACUGAGCUUCAGCCCUGCGACUUCUUCGAAGAAGCCGCGGUGAGAGAUCUUUGGAGCAAGGAAGACUUGGGCCGCAUGAGGUUUAUCAAUGUGACGCUUGCAGCAGAUGGCGGCUCCAGAAUGUUCAAGGUGGUCCCCAAGGCUCCAAGGAAGCAGGAGGUGAAGCCUGGGCCGCGGGCGUCCAAAAAGCGACGACCAUCCUUGUACCCACAGCGCGUGGGCAAAGGACCUCCACUGCAGACGGAUGCUGUGCAUUUCCUGCAGCGCGAGCUGUAG